UAAUUCAGUGCUGGGUAAUGACAAGUCUGAUUAGGUUGGCAACAAUGUGUAUAUUGCAAAUUCUAUUCUCGCGUAUGUUGUAUUGAUUGGUGCUUUAUUCGAAAAGAGCAAGAGCAAAUUAGGAGCUACUGCAGCCAUGAGCAACUACCGUGGCAUCGGAGGCGGCGGCUUCCCCUACAAGAAACAGCCCGGCGCAGGCAACAAUAUGAGCGCAGUGCCGCCGCCGCCGGCAUUAAGCAACAAUCGUGGAGGCGGUGGAUUUCGAUUUAGCUUCAAUCAGUCCAGAGGCGGCGCAGCUGCAGCUGCUACAGCCGGCAACACAUCAAAGCAUGGCUACUCGACGCUGGAGUCCAUCAGCCAGUACACAAACUCCACCAAUUUCGUGGGCAAGCGCAAGCAACACAUGGACGACGAUUACUUCGACGACGACGACGAGCCGCCGCAGAAAGCUCCGCCGGAGCAGGCUUAUAUACCAGCGCCCGGAUCCCCGGGUGCGCCAGCCAAGAACGACUCGGAUUCGGACGAGGAUCCGCUGGAACAGUUCAUGGCCGGCAUCAAACAGCAGGUGGAAAAGGAGAAAGUACGUGCCACAGAUCCGCAGCAAAAGACAAAUGUAGCACCGCUGGAAAAGAAAGGGGUGCGCGGUGACAUCGACGAUGAGGACGACGAGGAGAGCUACUACCGCUACAUGGAAGAGAACCCCAAUGCCGGCAUGCGCGACGAAGGCUCUGAUCAGGAGAUCGACUACGAUGAGGAUGGCAAUCCGAUAGCUCCACCCAAAAAGAAGGACAUCGAUCCCCUGCCGCCCAUCUAUCACUCGGAGAUCGAGUAUGAGCCCUUCGAGCGCAAUUUCUAUACGCCGCACGAGGAUAUCGCCCAGCUGAACGAGGAGCAGGUGCGCGAAUUGCGCCACACGCUGGGCGUCAAGGUGAGCGGCGCCCAGCCCCCCAAGCCAGUCACCUCUUUCGGCCACUUCGGGUUCGACGAUCAGCUACUGAAGGCCGUGCGCAAGGCGGAGUACACACAGCCCACGCCCAUUCAGGCCCAGGCGGUGCCCGCCGCUCUGUCCGGGCGCGACAUCAUCGGCAUUGCCAAAACGGGCUCCGGCAAGACGGCAGCGUUCAUCUGGCCGCUGCUCACCCAUCUCAUGGAUCAGCGCGAGCUCCGUGCGGGAGACGGACCAAUUGGGCUGAUUCUGGCGCCCACGCGCGAGCUCUCGCUCCAGAUCUACAACGAGGCCAAAAAGUUCGGCAAGGUGUACAACAUAAACGUGGUCUGCUGCUACGGCGGUGGCUCCAAGUGGGAACAGAGCAAGGCACUGGAGCAGGGCUGUGAGAUUGUGGUGGCCACACCCGGUCGCAUGAUCGACAUGGUCAAGAUGAAGGCCACCAACUUGAGGCGCGUCACAUUUCUCGUGCUGGACGAGGCGGAUCGCAUGUUCCACAUGGGCUUCGAGCCGCAGGUGCGCUCCAUUUGCAACCAUGUGCGCCCGGAUCGACAGACGCUGCUCUUCUCGGCCACGUUCAAGAAACGCAUCGAGCGUCUGGCUCGCGAUAUUCUGACAGAUCCGGUGCGCAUUGUCCAGGGCGAUCUGAAUGAAGCCAACCAGGACAUUACACAGCACGUUUACGUCUUUCCCAAUCCCUUGCAAAAGUGGAACUGGCUGCUCUGCCAUCUGGUGAAGUUCCUCUCUGAGGGCGCUGUCCUCGUGUUUGUCACCAAGAAGGCGGACGCCGAGACGGUGGCCAACAAUCUGCUGGUGAAGGAGUACAACUGCCUGCUCCUGCACGGCGACAUGGACCAGGCGGACCGCAACAAGGUCAUCACGCAGUUCAAGCGCAAGGAAUGCGACAUCCUGGUGGCCACCGAUGUGGCCGCCCGUGGCCUCGACAUUCCCCACAUACGCAACGUGGUCAACUACGACAUUGCCCGGGACAUUGAUACGCACACGCAUCGCAUUGGACGCACGGGCCGUGCUGGCGAGAAGGGCAACGCCUACACCCUGGUCACCGAUAAGGACAAGGAGUUUGCUGGGCAUCUGGUGCGCAACCUGGAAGGUGCCGAUCAAACGGUGCCCGACGAUCUAAUGGAGCUGGCCAUGAAGAGCUCCUGGUUCCGCAGCUCACGCUUCAAGCAGGGCAAGGGACGCAAGCCCGUCAACAAUUUCAUGGGUCUGGGCUAUCGCGAGCGGUCGGGCAAUGCGGGCGGCGGAAGUGGAGGAGCUGGUGCAUCUGCUGGCGCUGUACCUAAAACCAAAGGCCCCCUCGGCGAGUCCACUAAGUCGCUGUCUGGCGGCGGACCCGCCACGGAUCGCUAUUCAGCCAUACGUCAAGCCUUCCGCUCGCAAUACUCCUCACAGUUUCGCGCUUCCAGCGAUCGCACCUGGGAACAGACUGUGCCCGAGACGGGCGUCUUUGCCGCACCGCCACCUCCGCCGCCGCCAGCUGCAGGCGGCAACUCUUCCACACCCUCCACAGCCUCAGGUAGCAAUGCGGAUGCGAAGCGCGCCAAGAAGAGCCGUUGGAACUGAAAACUUGAAUCGAAAGCAAUCCCCAUUUAAUUUCAUAUAAUUUAAUUGUGUAUUUGCUUUUGUUUCAUCAUUUAAAAUUACAACUUAAACGCUAGCAUUAAAUAUAUAUAUGUAUAUAUAUAAUUAUAUAUAUACAUAUACAUAUGCAUAUAUAUCCAUUAUGUAUUAUUUUAGAUAAAUACUCGUAUGUACACUCUCCCAUUCACACACACUCUCAGCCGAUGCCGAUUCAAUAAAAAUGUCAUUAAUUGUAA